AUGUUUGGCAAUGAGACGAAAAACUGUAUACUUCUUGAUAAGUGCCACCGGUUUCCAAUAAGUAUACACUAUUUCACAAACUAUUGGGAGGACGAUUUUCUCAAAUGGAACCCAUCAAGUUAUGAAGGCGCCGAGGAGAUUUUCCUAUCGAGCUCCGACAUUUGGAUUCCAGAAUUUUCACUUUAUUACAGUUUGAAUUUCAACGAUGCUGUCAAAUUGCAAUCCAGCAAUGAUAUCCGCGUAAACUAUACGGGCCACGUUCGGUAUUACAUCCCAUUUUCAUCUGAAUCCCUUUGCAAACUUGACGUCAAAUUUUUCCCGUUCGAUGUACAACAAUGCAUGUUGCUCUUUGGCUCAUGGGCUCAUUCGAAUGAUUCAAUUAAAUACUCAUUGUACUCUCAAAAUCUCUCCUUAAUUGAUUUCUACGAUAAUCAGGAAUGGGAGUUGGAUACGAUGAACAGCUCUGUGCGAUCCGACGGAUUCCUCUAUGAUUAUUUGGAUCCUCCAUUAUUCUGGGAAAUGAUCAUUAUAACAUUAGUAAUGAGGCGACAGAGUUUCUAUUACGUGUUUAACCUGGUUAUCCCUAGUACCAUGAUCACAUUGGUAUCAGUGAUUGGAUUCCACACACCUAGUACAAGUGGAAGGGUCCGUGACGCAAAAUUUCGGCUUGGUAUAAUGACACUGAUGAGUAUGUCCGUCAUCCUUCUCGCCAUCGUCGAGGACAUGCCCAAAUUCAGUAUGGGAACGAAUCGAAGGGGUCGUGGCUCAUUUUCCGGAAUACCGUUGAUAGGUCUUUACUAUUUCAUAUUGUUAGCAAUUAUCGGAAUGAGUACGGUAACCACUUCAAUGUUCGUGUUUCUCGAACGAGAUGUGAGAGCGACACAUGCGGUUCCUUGGUAUUUGAAAUGGUUAUCAUUUGACAUAUCCCCAUCAAUAAUAGCAAGGAAGUUUUCUCAGUACCGCACACAGACAUUGAGCGAACCUCCAUCCGAACACCUCCUUUCCAACGGUCAUGUUCGAACUGGAGCUCGGGAUAAAGCUCGUGGUGUUGCCGCUUCCCUACUCUCACUUUUGCCGCGAACGAGUCAGGAUAACGGAGCGAGUCCGUUUCACAUGCAGCACCUGCACGCCUUCCACCAGCAGGAAGAAUCGAAUCCCCGUGAAUCAAUACGACGUCGUCUUAGCAUGUCACAUUACGAUAAUAUGCUGAUUUAUCAAUAUUAUGAGCAGGCACUCGAAGAUAUCGCAAAUGGGGUCACACAGAUGGAUAGUAUUAUUAAGGAAAUCAGACAAGAAAUGAUUAAUUUCCUACCACAGGAUGAUUCAAAGACGGCCUGGCAGGCUGUGAUCCGCCGCCUUGAGAUCAUUUCACUUAUUUUCUACAUUUCAGUACUAUUCGUCACUAUGUAUCUGUUCUUUUAUCAUGAUUGGUACUGUGCAAUUGGUCACAAUCCAUGCGGGCAACAAAAUUUGAAAUGCCCUUGGAUGGUUCAUACACCGGAAGAUCCACAUUGCGAGCACAACACUUACAAUUGA